UCUCCGGGCGUGUUUUGAUGAAGGACACCGGAGAAUCAAAUGCUGUCGAUAUUUCACGGUUUUCCCACAAUAUUUCCAUUGAAACUUCAAAUGUUAGCUGUUGAUAAAAUGUUGUAGUUUUAGUUCUAUGACUGGACGAGUCGGUGGAUGUUUAAUUGGACACAUUUUGCACGUUUUUAGCAAGUUGAGUUGACGAAGCUAAAGUUAAGCUGCUCAUUUACUGAAAUCAGCAUCACGGGAUUCCGAGAAUAAUCCAGAAUAAUCACACCGAAACAUCUUUUCCUGAAUUAGUGGGGAAUCUUUUUUCGUAUUAUCUUUAUGGAUUUAUUUCUCGGCAAGAUGUUAAGUUAGCUGCUGUUAAUAUAAAUGGAGUCGAUAAGUUCGGAGGUUCGGCUGAAAGUGGCCCAGUGCUUCCGGACGCUCUCCUCCUCCUCCGCGGAUCAUACAGACGUUUUUGACGCCCUGGAAACGUUGAACUCCUAUUUAGAUGAUGGGGCUGAAAGCAGCAGCUGCACCGCGGCGGAGCGGGAGGAGUUCCGGAGGACCCACUACAGCCGAACCCUGCGGGUUCUGGUCGGGCAGCUCCAGGCUGACUGGACCCACAGCCUGUCCGCCGCGCAGCGCUCCCAGCUGUGGGACCCGCUGUUCCUGAAGGGGCCGCCGGAUCAGGCGCUGCUGGUGCUGCUGGAGGCCGUGACCCAGCUCCGGCCCAGCGCGGGUCUGGACCGCCUGGUCAGCGUUACGGAGCGCUUCCUGCAGGGCGGCCGCCUGGCGGACCUGCUGUGGUCCUUCUGCCUCGGGUCGGUGCCGUCGGACUCGGCCCAGCUCAGAGAGACGCUGCUGGCCCGGUUAGCCGCUCUGCCGGACCUCACCGCCAACAGGCUGCACCCAAACAACCGGCCGCUGUUCACGCCGCAGCGGUUCUACCCGCUGCUGGCCUCGGAGAUGCUGGCCGCUCUGGAGAGGACCUGCCGCGCCCUCAGAGAUGGGGUCGAUUGCUCUUUGACAUUCGUAGCUCAGACACUUGGGAAAGUUUGCCUCCAAGGUCACAGCGGCCCGGUUCUGGCCGUGAUGGCGCCCCGCCUGGCCGUCUGCACGCGCUCAGACAUGGUGUGGCAGAGGGUGAGCUGGAAGCUGCUGCAGGACGUCCCGGAGCGCUGCAUGGAGAGCGUGCUGACCGGCCUGCUGCAGGCGGCCGACAGCCCGGACGCCUUCAGCCGCAUCGCUGGAAAUCUGGUGCUAACCAAUAAAAAGGCAGAGUUUGUGCUGACUCAUAAAGUGCUGCUGCUGCAGUAUAAGUACGAGACUCGCGUCCUGAGGACCGUCCUUGGCUACCUGGCCUCAGACCGGGAUCGCAGGCCGCUCCUCAUCCAGGUUUUGCGGAGUGUGUCGCAGGCCUGGGCCAACCCCAGCGCGGUGAAACACACGCCUCAGGAGCAGCAGCUCUACGUUAGCAAGGCGCUGCUGCUAGCUGCUAGCCUGCUGACGGACGCCGAGCUGCAGGAGCUUCGCUCAGACCUCCUGCAGUGCCUGCUGGGCGGCAUGCAGAGCCACCUGGACAGCAGCGCCGUCGGCAUCAGGACUCUGGGCCUGGUGGUGGGCGAGUGUCUGAGCGCCCGGAUGGAUCUCAGCGGCACCAAGCUCAAGUUCGAGUACGACCAGAAUGAAGAAACCCGGGAGCUGCUGUCUCUCAUGACCCCCAGCGUGUGUCCUGACCCUGACCCUGACCCUGACCCUGAGGUCGCUGCUGGGUCUGAGGCGACCAGAGAAUCGUCUCAGGUCAAAUCGGCCUCCCGGAGGUCAAAGAGCGAUCCAGACUCUGACCUGGACAGCGAUGACGACCUGCCUCCGUACGACAUGUCAGGAGACGUUGAGGCGAGUCGGGCGGCGCCGCCUCGUUACCUACGGGACUGUCUGGAAGCCCUGAUUUCCUCUGACGACUCUCUGCGAGUCGAGCUCAGUCUGAACGCGGCGGAGAGUUUGGUGAGGAGGAACGUCUUCGCAGCGAAGGAGAUCAGUGUCCAGAUGACCAAAGUGCUUCUUCACAUGGAGGACAGAUUCAGCGUUAGCGGCUUCCUGGUCCUCCGGCAGGCGGCCAUGGUGGCUCUGACCGCCGUCGACUCUGUUCCUGUCACUCAGUACUUGACGACAGAGUUUUACUCCCUGAACUACAGCCUGCGGCAGCGACUGGACAUCCUGGAGGUCCUCGCCUUGGCGGCUCAGGAGCUUUCCAAACCAGCCGCCGAUAAAGUAACCGCAGCCGCCUCGGGGCUGACGCCUUACCAGAGCAACAGCGCCGCCGGCUGGAGACAGGAAGUGGAGAAGAGGAUCCAGAAUAAAACCAAACGCAUCUCAAAGGGGUCCGGCCAGCCGCGAGCUGGAGCCGCUCCAAACCGCUACGCUCCUGUUGCCGGAUACUUCUUCUUUCCUCUCCUCAGAAAUUACGACAAGCCUGAGGUGACCUUUGACCUGCUGGGCAGUGACCACCUGGUUCUGGGCAGGUUGAUCCACACUCUGGGCCUCUUCAUGCACCUGGCCGUCAACGCACCGAUAGCCGCACAGAUGGGAGCUGCGUUGUUGGACUUUGUGUGGGCCGUUCGGUACCACGCUGACCCGACGGUGAGGCGAGGCGUCCUCUUCGCCGUCUGCUCCGUGUUUCUGAGCAUGCCCAGUCAGGCUCUGAUGAUGGACCUCAGCCAGCAGCUGCUGGAAACAAGAACCUGGCUGGCAGAUGUGGCCGAAGCGGACCCGGACGCCGACUGCCGUAAUUUAGCUGUGCAAAGCCUGGUUCUGCUGGACCAGAACCUCAAGAAGCAGCUGCAGAACCCGAACGGCCUCAGCCUGGAGCCGUGACCGGGUCAGCAUCUGCAUGAGGAGAGGUUCUGACGCUCCAGGUGUUUCCUGGAUGUUUUCCAGUCGUCCGGAUCAGGACUUUCUUUAAACUCUGCAUUUACUAUCGCAGGUGCUUUUCUUUUUUUUUUACACUUCCUGGAACAUUCAGCCGGACACAGGAAGUG